GCAACAUCUCCAACCCGUUCAUCAGAAAGAGCUCGUUCACCACGUGUUAAAACCUUUUGGAUAUGAUGGUGAAGACCACGGGAGGGCCUGCGCUCGGGGGCUCGGUGUCCAGCCCCGCCCUCACCAGCUCGGCUGUGUCCAUGCUGCAGGACACCCUGAGCGACGGGGAGAAGCAGCUGUGGACGUCUCUGGGUCCCAACUGGACGCAGCCACGCUCUCAGCUCCGAGGGCCCGUCGCUCCCUACACUCCUGUGUUUUUGGACGGGUGGAAGCCGGAGGCCUCGAGGGCGGACGGGCAGGUUUGGGAAGAUCCGGUCGAGUCACAGCACAAACAUGACGCCCUCCGAGUCAAACCAGAGCAGCUGCCAAGUGGUCCUCCAGAAAUCCACAUCAGUGAUGAAACAGACGACAGUGAACUCCCCCCCGACAAGGACAGACUCUACAGCUGCACGUACGACUUCAUCGCGAGGAACAACACCGAGCUCUCCGUGCAGCAGGGGGAGACUCUCGAGGUAAUGAAGUCAAGUACAGUGAGAUAUGUUCGUGGUGCAUUCAGGGACCCAGCAUGAGGUUUCA